GAAGGGGGCGUAGGGGGUCAAAGUCAGUACGGGAUACGUGAGUCACUUCAUACUCUGUGCUCGGCGGAGCUCGAGCUCUCACGCCAAUUCCACCGUCAGUGACGUCGGCGUCACGUGUCUGCCUCUUCCCUCGGUACGUCCGUCGUAUUUUCCUCCCCUUUCACUGCCUGCUGUAACACAGAGCCACUCGAAAUAAACAAGCGCAAAAAAAUAAGAGAGGGGCCGUUGUUGUUGUGAGAGGGAGGGGGGGACCGGUCCGGCUCCAGUCACGUUUAUUAUCAGCGGCCGAUUGUCAGAGGGGUCCUUACACCUAUAAGUUACCAUCAGAGAAGCCCAAAGCCGACCCCGUCCGUGUCUGGCUCCACUGAACCCGCACCAGUGUAAACUUUUUAAUACCUGCGAUGCAUACGCUGAGCUCCGACAAAGCGAGGAUUUCCCGAAAAACUCAAGUGAUAACCACAAGUGGACCCACGGACAAGACCCGCCACCCCCCUUCCCCCAUGCCUGGUCUAUAGUCAACGAGAAACCCAUAUUCUUUUUCACACCUCACUCUCAGCCAUUUGACCACUCCUCCCACCCCCAGCCCCUUUUUUUUUUCACACCAUGGCCAGCAAAAGGAAGUCGUCCACUCCCUGUAUGAUACCUAGCAAGAUUAUUCGCCCGUUAGAGGAGGUUGAGCAGGACUCUCCUGCUCUCCGUCAGCCAAGGGUUUCUGGCAGUGACACACAGAGCCCCUUAGACCCUGGAGAGUCUUCCAAACCAGAGGCGGGGGAUGCAGUCAAAGAUGGUGCAGGCAGUUACACAUGUAAGCCUUGUAAUUUCGAAACGCAUGACCUUAACUUAUUUUUGGAUCACGUCUACUCCGGGCACCCAGACUUCCGUGCUGACCCCAGCUUCUUUUGUGUCAGCUGUGGGGUUUCAGCACCCAAGUUUGAGGGCCUAGCAUUGCACAACGCCAGGGUUCACCCCAGCACAUUGAACACCACUCUGCGGCUGAGAAAGAGAGACAGGAGGCUGGUGGUGGAGCAACAUCUGGUGGCUGGGCCAGAGAGCGGGAAGGACAGUGAGAUUUCUAUCACUAAAACCCCAAUUAUGCGGAUGCUGAAGGGCAAAUCGGAGCCUAAACGGAUUGUGGUGUCUCACCCAGUCUCCGAUGAGGCGUCCUCAGACCCACACACUAUCUCUGCAUCUAGAGAGACUGAGAGAAAAGAAACUGCCUCAGUAACAGUCGCCCAUGUUCCUACGAUUGUCCACAAUGGAACAACUAAGGUCACACUUCCUUCAGCAAUCCAGAUAGUGAAUGGCUCAGGAGCAUUACCCAUGUUAAAGACACCAAUCACACAGGUGGUUUCAGUAGUUCAAAACAGAAACCUUCAUCAUUCUGCGCCAGUCACCGCCUCCUCAAAUAUUUCCUCCAGUUCCUCAACUUCCUCCUCAGAAAAUCUCCCAAAGGUAAUGAUUCCUUUGAGCAGCAUCCCUACCUACAGUGCCUCCAUGGAUUCCUCUUCCUUCCUGAAGACCUCCUUCAGCAAAUUUCCGUACCCCACGAAAGCUGAGCUCUGCUACCUGACUGUGGUCACAAAGUUCCCAGAAGAGCAGAUUAAGAUCUGGUUCACAGCCCAGAGACUGAAGCAAGGCAUCAGCUGGUCUCCUGAAGAGAUAGAGGAGGCCAGGAGGAAGAUGUUCAACACCAUAAUUCAAACGGCACCUUCCAACUCUCACAACCAGCCACAGAGUCACCACAGCCCAGCCCAGCAAACCAUCACAGUCCUGCCUGCUUCGCUUGGGGCCACAGGGAUCCCUCACAUCCUGCAGGGGUCUCUCGUUGGCCAAGGAGGGGUAAUCGUCACACAGCCGGUCAUGGCAAAUGGUAUCCAGGUUAACAGUACUCCUGUUGCCCUAGCUGUCACACCUAAGCCCCAGGCAGCAGCGCGGCCUAUGAUGCAGGCCCGACCUGCAGCGGCCCUGGUGGCAGACAAAGGCGUGAGCAUGGUGGUGGGGUCAGUGGGAAGCAGCAGCACAGGAACGAAUAUCAUUAGCAGCUGUAAUAGUAGUAGGAGUGGGGGAGGGGGCACUAGCAGUGCUCUUAGCAGCAGUCAAACUAGCGUGGUCAACCUCAGCUUGGGAAGCAGUAGUCAUAGUAAUGCUAAGGCGAGCAGUGUCAAUGGUAAAGACAGCAGCGGUAAUGUUGACUCCAGCGAUAAGGGCAACGGUGAUGCAACUGGGCAUGUAAAUGCCAAGAACACAGAUGUCAGCAAUGCCAACAACACCAGCGUGCUGCAGAGUGACAACAAAGUAACCACAGAAAGCAAAAACAUCACAGACAUCAAAACCGUCAAUGGCAACAGUUUACCGAAGAGCAAAGAUGCUAAUGGGAGCAGCAGCAAAAAUAGUGAGACAAGCGCAGAUGACGUCGACCCCUCUGCCAGUGACUCCCCACCCAUGAAGAUGGAGGAGGCUUCUUCCCCUGCCUCCAAGUCUUCUUCCCCAUCCCCUGCAUCUGCUUCGAGCAGCACGCUGGGAUCCAGGACGCCCGUCAACCCCUUCCUGGAUCCCAGCUUUUACAAAGGCAAAAAGUCUCAGGAGCAGCUCAAUGCCCUGAAGGACAGUUUUCAGGUGUGCCAGUUUCCCGACCAGGAGGAGGUGGACCGGCUCAUUGCGUUGACGGGGCUCACAGUGCGAGAAGUUCGCAAGUGGUUUAGUGACCGGCGCUACCACUUUCGCAACCUGAAAGGUACACGUGCCGGCUCAGGACCGCAGACUAAACCCGCCACCACACCCGGAACGGGCAGCAGUCCGAGUACGCCAGGAACAAGCGCCGCUGGCAGUGCCAACCCCAUCGAUCUGUCAGAAAGUAGCAACAACUCUGGUGCGAAAACUCCCCAACACAGCGCUGCACCCCUGAGCCCAUCUGCAUCAUCGCAGACACCCACCUCUCCCACCACACCUUCCCGCCGACUCCCCAGGCCACCGUCACCUGAUUUCACAGCCAUCCGCUACAAGGAGAGAGAACCCCACCAGGUUAAAGCCCUAGAGGGCAGCUUUUCCCAGAACUCAGACCCAUCAGGCGAGGAAGUGGAUAGACUGCGGUCUGAGACCAAGAUGACCAGAAGAGAAAUCCACGGCUGGUUUGCUGAGAGGAGGAAGAGAGUGGCAGCUGAGAAAAAGAAAGAGGAGGCUGAGCGGGCAAUGCGAGAGGAGGAGGAGGGUGAGGAUAUCGGGGUUGAUGGAGAAGAGAGGCAGAGAGAUGAAAGUUCAGGGGAACCAAAAGUCAACCCUAUUAAAAUAAAUCUGAAGAUGCUGAAGGUGACAGAGGCCAAUGGGAAAACUGAGAGCGAAGGGCUGGAUAGUACGGCCGCAUCCUCCCUGGGUCCUGCCUCAUCUGCCACCCCCAAAACAUCGCAGACCUCCACGCCAACACCCAAACCAGCUCACUCCCCCAAACCCACAGGCGUCCGAGGUAAGAAGACAGCGGACCAGCUGCAUCUGCUGAAACAAGUUUACGCUCGGACCCAGUGGCCCAGCGCCACUCAGUACGAUGAACUCAUCUCAAGCACUGGGCUGCCCAGGCCUGAAGUGGUGCGCUGGUUCGGAGAUUGCCGUUAUGUGCAGAAGAAUGGGCAGCUGAAGUGGCUGGAGUCGUACCAGAACAUGGCUCUGGAGGAAGACCUACAGAAGGGGAACGUGCACGUCCUCCAGGCUCACCUUGACGUCCACGGAAGGCUGGAAGACUCACAGUUGCAGGAACUUGCUCAGAGUAGCAGUUUGACAACAGACUUGGUGCGACACUGGUUUACCACUAAGGCGUCUUUGCAACAAACUGCCGCCGCCAGUGCCGCUGCUCAUACAACAGGAACGCGACCGGUUGCACCGGGUGUGGCUGCAGAGCCACCUACAACAGGAUCCUCCCCUCCGGAGUCGCAGGCAGGAGGUGGGAUGGAGGAGAAAACGGAGGCAUCGGUGUGCAGUGUCGCAACAGAAGCAGAGGACGCAAACGCUGACGAGACUGUGAAUGCUACUAAAGGAACUGAUUGAAGAGGCCUUUUUGUGCGAGGAUGGAGUUGACAUCGCAGGUGGUCUUUGUUCCGGGAGCCUGACUAAAAGACGGCAGAUGCGUUUGUAACAAGAUCACUGGAAGGAAAUGGAUCUUGGA